AUGGAUGAAGAGAUGAAAUCUCUUCAGAAGAAUGUUACUUGGAGGUUAGUGAAGCUUUCUCAAGGAAGAAAUGCUAUUGAGUGUAAAUGGGUGUAUGCAAAGAAUGAAUUAUCUCAUAGAGUUGAUGUGAGGUACAAGGAUAGGUUGGUGGAAAAAGGCUUUCUUGAUGUGAAGAUUGCAUUCUUACAUGAAAAAUUGCAGGAGGAGAUCUAUAUGCUACAUUCACUUAGAUAUGGAGCCUCAAAAGACUUAAUUUGCAGAUUGGACAAGACUGAUAUUUAUAGGAUAAAGAAGCAACUAUCAAAAUAUUUUGAGAUGGAGUUGGGUGAAGCAUGUAAAAUUCUUGGCAUGGAGAUUCUGAUGGAUAAAAUGGCUAGAAAGGUUUGGCUCUCACAAGGAGCUUAUGUUCGAAAGGUACUGAAAAAGUUUGUGAUUGAUGACUCGAGCAAGGCGACUACAUCGGUGACAUUGAUAGGUGUAGGUCUACGAUUGGGAAUCAAAGUCUAUAUAACCGAGGAGAAAGAAUUGAUUAUGGAACUAUCUAUUAAAUGGGCUGGAAAUCCUAAUAUAACUGUUGCAGUUAAAGCCUUCGGUUUAAAAGCUACAAUACAGGCGGUAGAUCUUCAAGUUUUUCUAGCACCCCGAAUCACUCUAAAACCUUUGGUCCCUUCCUUUCCGUGUUUUGCAAAGAUAUUUGUUUCACUGAUGGAUAAGCCACAUGUUGACUUUGGGCUGAAACUUUUGGGAGCAGAUGUUAUGUCAAUUCCUGGUCUUUACAGAUUUGUUCAGGAUACAAUCAAGAAUCAAGUUGCGAGCAUGUAUCUAUGGCCUAGAACACUGGAAGUGGUUGUUAUGGAUGCAGCAAAAGCCAUGAAGAAGCCAGUUGGAAUUCUGCAUGUAAAUGUUUUAAGAGCUCAAAAGCUGCGAAAGAAAGAUCUAAUGGGCAAAGCAGAUCCGUAUGUGAAACUUAAGCUUAUGGAUGACAGCCUUCCAUCAAAGAAAACUACUGUAAAGAAGAGUAACCUUAAUCCAGAAUGGAACGAAGAAUUCAAGUUAGUUGUUACAGAUCCAGAAUCUCAAGCCUUGGUGCUUGAUGUUUAUGACUGGGAACAGGCAUUUUGCUCAAUUUUCUUUGCCUAUUAUAACUUCUGUUUAUCAAAUUCAACGUGCUAUUGAACAUUCAUAUUGUAACAGGUUGGCAGGCAUGAAAAAAUGGGAAUGAAUAUUAUUCAUCUUAAAGAUCUUAUUCCUGAUGAGCCAACAUUGUUGACACUUGAGUUGCUAAAGAAUCUGGAUCGUAAUGAUGCUCAAAACGAUAAGUUACGAGGACAGUUAGUUACGGAAGUAACUUAUAAGCCAUUUAAGGAAGAUGAUUUCCCAGAAGUUAGCGAAAAUUCUAAAGAAGUAGAAAAGGCUCCAGAAGGCACUCCAUCUGGUGGUGGCUUGCUCGUUGUUACAAUUCAUGAAGCUCAAGACCUCGAAGGGAAACACCACACUAAUCCUUACGUACGAAUAACUUUUAGGGGUGAAGAGAAAAAAACAAAGCAUAUAAAAAAAAGCAGAGAUCCACGUUGGGAAGAAGAGUUUCAGUUUGUUUGUGAGGAACCUCCUGUUAGUGAUAAGAUGCAUUUAGAGGUUCGUAGCAGGCCGCCAAGCAUCGGCAUAUACUCCAAGGAAAACCUGGGCUAUGUGAUCAUCAGCUUAUCAGAUGUUGUGACAAACAAGCGAAUCAAUGAGAAGUAUCACCUCAUCGAUUCUAAGAACGGUCGCAUUCAAGUUGAAUUGCAGUGGAAACCAUCAUAGAGCUUAUAAAAUUCACUUGAAGAAGCACACUCGAAAAGAAAUAUCAAGUUAGUAGUUUUUUUUUGGUGUUUUCGCAUCAUUUUAUACAUAGAAGAAUGCAUGCAUGUAGGUAUAUCUGACUAGUUGCAAUCCUCUAAGAUGGGAAUUUCAUGAACAAAUUACUUCAAUUCAUUCAAUCUUACAAAGCAUCCAUGACAAUCAUUCAAGGCAUCCCUAUAUGUAAAUUUGACUGCGUUUUUUUUAGUAGGACUCAGAAAGUUGUGAAAUUUUCCUGAAGGUUUAGCCCUUAUUUACCUUAUUGGUUUAUUUUGUUUUCAGUA